AUGGCUAACUCAUACAUCAUAGCGAUAGACUUUGGCACUGCGUACAGUGGAUAUGCUUUCAGUCUGACAAAAAGAGAAGCAGAAACAGAACCUCGUUUAAAAUACUGGGGUCGACAGGUUGCACUGAAGACCCCAAAGACUCCGACCUGCAUCCUUUUUGAUGAACAUGAAAACUUUCUCAGCUUUGGUUAUGAAGCCCAGUCAGCUUAUUUUAAAACACGCAGUGAUGAAUCUAGAAAGAAAUUCUUCUUUGAAUGCUUCAAGAUGUCCCUCUAUGGUGGAACCAUUGACAUCACUGUCCAUGAAGUCCUGGAGGGAGGAGCCCUGAAAGAGCUGCACAAGGCCUCAGGAAAUGAUUUUGGGGGACAAACUGUGGAUAAAAAAUUCAAAGAGUUCCUCAGAGAAAUCUUCAGUGAUAGUUUGUGGGAUGCAUAUGAAAAAGAGCAUCCAGCAGAGCUGCAGAAGAUGAUGUAUGAAAUCUCAGUUUUAAAAGAGAGUGAUGAUGAUGUGGAGAUCAGCUGCCCAUAUAACCUGGGUGAAAUGGCAAAAGAAAAGCAGAAAAUGGAAAAGUUUUUUGAAUCGCUGAGAGGUGUUUCCUGGAAUCAAGGAGCCAUCAAAAUCUCAAAACAGAAAGUACGAUCUUUCUUUGCUGAGAGUCUGAAUGGCAUCACCAAGAGUGUCAGAGAAAUCCUGAAGAAAGAUUUCAAGAUUGAGUACAUUCUGUUAGUCGGAGGCUACGCUAGAAGCCUGAUUCUGCGUCAGCAUAUUACCAAUCAGUUUGGUGGUCAGUAUAAAGUUCUGUGUCCUUCUCAUCCUCAAGAAGCAAUCAUGAAGGGAGCUGUGCUGUUUGGAAGAAACCCAGCAUUGGUGGCAUCUCGAAUAAGUGCCUUUACUUACGGGGUUUCUUUGUGUCAUAGGUUUGAUGAGUCCAAGCAUAAAGCAGACAAGAGAUACACAAACAAAGAGGGCGAGUGGUGUGAUAGUAUUUUCUGUAUACUGGUGAAGGAAAAUGAGGAAGUGGGCUGGGAUAAAACCAGUGAGUACAGCUGCACUCCAAUAGAAAGAGAUCAGACAGCGAUUACCUUUGCAUUUUAUCGCACAGAGAGAAAAAUCCAAGGACUAAUGUAUGUGGAUGAGUGGGGAGUAGAGAAAAUUGGUUCUAUUAUUCUUGAGUCACCUGACACAGCACGCGGCAUGAAUCGUGAAAUCAAACUACAAAUCAAGUUUGGUGCCACAGAAAUGACGACCACAGCCAUAGAUGUAGAUUCAGGUUCCACUGUUAAAAUUGACCUCGAUUUUAUGGCUAAAUCAAUAAAAUCAUUCAGAAACAACGUGUGGCAGAAGUGA